CAUUUGCUUAAAAAUAGCUGCGUUUAAUCUUACCUUUCCUUCUCCCAUUCUUCUUUCGUGCAUAUUAGCUUCUGUUUGAUAACUACGGCAUACAAGCAUCUCUAAACCACAGGUGGUGUUCGAUAAGCUGAUAAGCACUUUUGCUCGAAAACCCACCUUAACUUAUCGUGCGAUCCCGACUCCCCCACAAUUUCCUUUCCCCUCUUUUCCUCUGACAUCGAUCCUGAACCUGAACACUGCACUCGACUCCCGCUAUUAUCCUUCCCCGAACUCCCAAUGACAACUGAAGGCCUCACUCCCGAGCAACUCGCCUUCUUCCACGAGAAUGGCUACCUCGUCCUGCCCAACCACCUGACCCCCGAGGAGGUUCAGCGCUGCCUCGUCGAAACCAACCACCUCCUCGACACCUUCCCGCUCGACACGCACCCACUCACCCAAUUCACCACAGGCGACGAUGAGCCAUCCACCGGGGAUGGUGCUUCCAACAAGGAACACGUCGGUGACGACUACUUCCUGACUUCCGGCGACAAGAUUCGCUUCUUCUUUGAACCCGACGCCUUCAGCCCGGACGCUCCGGGCACCCUCCUCAAACCCAAGCAGCAAGCCGUCAACAAGAUCGGCCACUCCCUGCACAGCCUUUCCGCCCCCUUCAAGGAGGUGAGCCUGACGGCCCGCAACGCGGCCAUCGCGCGCUCCCUCGGCUUCCAAGACCCGCGCGUCCUGCAGAGCAUGGUGAUCUGCAAGCAGCCGAGCAUCGGGGGCGCGGUGCCGAGCCAUCAGGACUCGACCUUCUUGUACACCGACCCGCCCUCGGCUGUGGGCUGGUGGUUCGCGCUGCAGGAUGCCACUACGGAAAACGGGACGCUGGGCAUGGUGCCGGGGUCGCACCGGACGCACAAGAUUCAGAAACGGUUUGUGAGGCGGGUGCCGGAUGGGUCGAAGGGAACGGAGUUCGUGGACAACACGGGGGCGAAGAUGCCGCGGGGGAUGGUGGAGGCAGAGGCGUCGGAGACGGAAGGAGUGGAAGUGCAGUUGUUGGACAUACCGGCGGGUUCGUUGGUGCUAAUUCAUGGGAACGUCUUGCAUCAGAGUUCGAAGAAUACUGGGCCGAAGAGUCGGUUCGCGUACACCUUCCACGUGAUUGAGGGGGCGGAUGGCUGGAACUAUGAUGAGAGGAACUGGUUGCAGCCGCCGGAGAAUGGGGAGGGAUUCACGAAGUUGUAUCAGGAACAUCAUUGAAGGAAAGCGAUAUCUCGGAUCGCGAGGUGAGGAGUGUUUGGUUGUGCAAUGCCACGAGAUUACGAAUGACGGGUGUGUAUGAACAGAAUUGAUCCUACCAGUUGUACAUAUCUGAUUCGAAAGACGAUCGAGUCCACUUUUUUGCAUCUCUUAUUCGACGCUCUGAAUUAUGGUUGACGCCACACGAGGAAUCUUUUGC